CAUGUGUUAGUGUGAAUUCGUUUCCGUCUCUGGAAAAAUGGCGUCCUUUGUCCUCUUCAGAUAAACAUGUAAUUAGGUAUGAAUAAAUGCAAUGACCCAUCGGUAUGCAAUGUUUUAGAGGAUGAUUGUCUAUGCCCACGAUUUUGUAUAAAAUCGUGUAGUAAUUUUCACAUAUGGAAAAAAAAGAAAGAUUAUAUAGAAAGCUAGUAUUUAGUAAUGAAUUUCAAUAUCAUUUAUAAUAGUUAUAUCAGAUAUUAUGAAUUUCAAUUACAUUUUAAAAAAAAACAAAAAAAACAAAAAAACUUCUCAAACUCUAAGCAUCAAGUUAGGGACCGUGCUACAAUUCAUCAGUGUCAAGGUCAGAAUAUAUAUAUUAUCCAAGUAGGCUCCUUACUUCGGUAUGCAUUGUGGAUAAUCUAUAAGCUACCCAUAACAUACAAAAUAUAUAUUUUUGUAUGCUAUUUAUCAUUCAUUACUGUUACGAUUCAUUCCACUGAAAAAAGAACUCAGAAAAAUUCAACAGAGAUAAAUAUUCGCUACUUUUCCCCCAACCCUCUUUCAUUGGCUAUUGGGACCAAGGCUGUUGAAAAUUUCUUUCCUUCUUCAUAAUUAUGUCCUGAGCCACGUUUUAGCUCAUGACUCCAUUACUAACCGCCAGUCCAUGACAUAUGCCAUCGGAUGUCUUUACUGACCGCCAGUCCAUGACAUAUGCCGUCGGAUAUCUUUACGUACCGCCAGUCCAUGACAUAUGCCGUCGGAUGUCUUUACGGACCGCCAGUCCAUGACCUAUGCCGCCGGAUGUCUUUGGGGACCGCCAGUCCAUGACAUAUGCCGUCGGAUGUCUUUACGGAUCGCCAGUCCAUGACAUAUGCCGUCGCAUGUCUUUAGGGACCACCAGUCCAUGACAUAUUCUGUUGGAUGUCCUUACUGACCGCUGGAUUACUUAUUCUUCCUAUAUAAUUGAAAAUAUUUAUAAAAAACAAAGAUUUAAAAAAAAAAACCUAAUUAGUCAUUCGGUACUUAGGACACCCGCAACUCACCAAUUACUUUCCCUCUCGGUUCUGCAUCAGCUGUCAUCAGAGAUGGAGGGGCGUCGGAGGAGCGGCAAGAAACGUGACGUCAUCUAACAAAGUAUGAGUACCCGUGAUGGAGAGAAGAAUAUAAAAUCUGCUAUCAAAACAGAAGGUAUAUAAGCGUGCAUGUGUGUGUGAUGGAUAGACCAAUAGAGGUUUCGGGUGGAAAGAUGGCAUUGAAGAGCAUCAAACAGCCCUCCUAAACAGUGACUAGCUAAUUGACAAUAAAUUUAACAGAAAAGCCCUAAUGAAACACAUGAAAAUAAAUUUUCCUAAUGAAACUAACGAAAAUAAAUGUUCCUAAUGAAACACAUGAAAAUAAAUUAAUGUUCCAAAAGAAACUCAUGAAAAUAAAUUUUAGUAAUGGAAAGAAAUGUUGACUUCAUUAUGAUUUAUUUUCUUUACCUUGAGAUCCAAUGAACCCACCCUUCUCCCCUCUUCAUAAAUUCUCCCCAUUCAUGUAAACUGUUUAUUUCUGGCAGGACCAGGUCCUGUGUUUCAAAACAGAGGGGACAAGAGGCUUCGAUUUCACAGCAAAGUUGAUUAUAUCUUUGGGAACCAGAGAACGACUGGACCGACCAGCAGCACACCCACUACUUCUACUACGAGUUUGAAUCGUAGAGCCAGUGGUUACCCGAAGGACAUCGCUGGAGAACUCGAAGCUGGACAUGACGUACAGUCCUGCGGACUGUGUCGAUGUAAAGGACAAAGCCGAUGCUGCCAGUGUGCCUGUUGUGUAAGUCUUCCAAAAUUUCCUUAGGGAAAUAGAGGGCAAGGUGAUUCCAAAGACAGGUGAACUAAUGAGAACGAGUGGGAUUUCGGUAGUAACGUGUGGCUCAUUUAUAGUUAUACAUGAUUCAUAAGAGGGAAACUAAAAAAAAAAAAUGAGAUCUGUUGGUACCAUAUUUUAAAAACAUCACACUUGAUUUCAAUUUGCUAAUUUUAAUUCAAAUGUUUAUGACAUGCAGGCACCUAGCAGGAAAACUGUCACUUAUAAACAUAAGGCUUAUGAGACGACCCCCGGCGUAUAAGACGACCCCAGACUUUUGAAAAUAUUUUCGUCUUAUGCGCUGGAAAAUACUGUAAUUUAUUAUUCAAGUCCUGUAGAGCAAAAAAGUAUGUAAUUUUUUUAUUUAAUUAAUUUGAAUAGGUCACGUGAGCAAAUCGAUAUGGCAAAGUGCAUUAAAAUAGGUCACGAUUUUGUCACGAGUCACGUGCUAUUAAAAAAAAAAAAAAAAAUGAAUUAGUAAGUAACCAAAAUUACGGUAAGGCACGCGACCAGAUCCAUGACUUUAAAAAGAAGUGACCUUUUCAAUAAGGGGACAAAUUUUUUUAAUUAAUUAAAUUGAAUAGGUCACGUGAGCAAAUCGAUAUGGCAAAGUACAUUAAAAUAGGUCACGAUUUUGUCACGAGUCACGUGCUAUUAAAAAAAAAAAAAUGAAUUAGUAAGUAACCAAAAUUACGGUAAGGCACGCGACCAGAUCCAUGACUUUAAAAAGAAGUGACCUUUUCAAUAAGGGGACAUUUCAGUACUUGUCUGUACGUUACUUUUCAUUGUUCAGAAAUAAAAAGAAGUACUUGUGUCUUCAAACGACACCAGUGGCAAGGGGAGGGAAUGCGGAGGGGACAGGCCGCUCCGGACGAAAUUCUCUUUCUUUAUAUGGAGGGGUGGCUUUUUUUGGCGCAAUGGAGAGGGUUUUUUUUUUUCGUUGAAGGGGUCGGCACUAACCUGAGGUGUAGCGUGGUGGGGGCAGGGGGGAACAGAUGUCCCCGGGCGCCAGCUAGUUAGGUGCCCCAAAAUGUGCUUUGAUAUUAUUUUAUUGAUGAAAAUAAUCGGUUUGAGAGUUGAAAAAAAUGAAAAAGGGGCGCUUUAAAAUGGAUCUUGUCCCCGGGCGCGAAUCUUGUCCCCGGGCGCGAAACGCCCUCGCUACGCCACUGGCACUAACCUAGCUACGUCAUUGAAAGCCACGUCAUUGAAAGUCACAUCACUGAAUGCCACGUCAUUGAAAGGCACAAUUAUGCCGUCUGCCGAGGUUAAUGCCAACGUUAAUUAAGCGAGAUGCAAACUCUUUUCUUAUUGCUUACUGACAGUGAUGUAGCUGCUGGGGUUAGUGCCACCCGGGGCGGGCAAAGAUUACUCAUCAUGACUCUGCAACCUCUACCUUACGCCUCUGCUCACUGGUUAACAAAAAAUAACAAAACAAAAAAAUCCAAAGCAUUUCAUUUACCGGGUAUCAAAAUUAUGUAUAAAAAAUUGCUACAUAUAUAUGUAUAUAUUGAUUUCGCCUCUCUACAGAGCUUUAAGUUUUUUCUUUUUAAAGUUAUAACUAAAAUGUAUGUUGCUUAUUUCGACACUCUUUGUACGAACAUGGAUGAAUUACUACUUUAACCGAUAAUUUCGUUAUUUUUGGGUUCUUUUUUAAGCGGCACAUAUUAUACUGUACUUAUUUUGUAAUUAUUUUAAAACUUCAUUGUAGCCCGUAGCCAACCUCAAUCAAAAUGUAAAAAAAAAAAAAAAAAGUGAAUGCUUACUAAUUUUAAAUAAUUUAAAAAAUAGCCAUGUAAUCUUAGCUGCAUACUUGAAAGCAUACACUGGGCGCAAUUACGUCAUGGAUUAAUCUGCAUAAAUAAGUCAUGGAUUAAUUUGGUAACAUAAAACGAUAAGUUGUCGAGUUUGUAGGGUUGUUUUCUUCCUUCAUAGAGGCACUCACAUGUGUAAACACCCAGUCAUGGAGGCAGUAGUUGUACUGAACUCUCAUGUGUAAACAACCAGUCAUGGAGGCAGUAGUUGUACUGAACUCUCAUGUGUAAACACCCAGUCAUGGAGGCAGUAGUUGUACUGCACUCUCAUGUGUAAACACCCAGUCAUGGAGGCAGUAGUUGUACUGCACUCUCAUGUGUAAACACCCAGUCAUGGAGGCAGUAGUUGUACUGCACUCUCAUGUGUAAACACCCAGUCAUGGAGGCAGUAGUUGUACUGCACUCUCAUGUGUAAACACCCAGUCAUGGAGGCAGUAGUUGUACUGCACUCUCAUGUGUAAACACCCAGUCAUGGAGGCAGUAGUUGUACUGCACUCUCAUGUGUAAACACCCAGUCAUGGAGGCAGUAGUUGUACUGCACUCUCAUGUGUAAACACCCAGUCAUGGAGGCAGUAGUUGUACUGCACUCUCAUGUGUAAACACCCAGUCAUGGAGGCAGUAGUUGUACUGCACUCUCAUGUGUAAACACCCAGUCAUGGAGGCAGUAGUUGUACUGCACUCUCAUGUGUAAACACCCAGUCAUGGAGGCAGUAGUUGUACUGCACUCUCAUGUGUAAACACCCAGUCAUGGAGGCAGUAGUUGUACUGCACUCUCAUGUGUAAACACCCAGUCAUGGAGGCAGUAGUUGUACUGCACUCUCAUGUGUAAACACCCAGUCAUGGAGGCAGUAGUUGUACUGCACUCUCAUGUGUAAACACCCAGUCAUGGAGGCAGUAGUUGUACUGCACUCUCAUGUGUAAACACCCAGUCAUGGAGGCAGUAGUUGUACUGCACUCUCAUGUGUAAACACCCAGUCAUGGAGGCAGUAGUUGUACUGCACUCUCAUGUGUAAACACCCAGUCAUGGAGGCAGUAGUUGUACUGCACUCUCAUGUGUAAACACCCAGUCAUGGAGGCAGUAGUUGUACUGCACUCUCAUGUGUAAACACCCAGUCAUGGAGGCAGUAGUUAUACUGAACUCUCAUGUGUAAACACCCAGUCAUGGAGGCAGUAGUUGUACUGAACUCUCAUGUGUAAACAACCAGUCAUGGAGGCACUAGUUGUACUGAACUCUCACGUGUAAACACCCAGUCAUGGAGGCAGUAGUUGUACUACACUCUCAUGUGUAAACACCCAGUCAUGGAUGCAGUAGUUGUACUGAACUCUCAUGUGUAAACACCCAGUCAUGUAGGCAGUAGUUGUACUGAACUCUCAUGUGUAAACACCCAGUCAUGGAGGCAGUAGUUGUACUGAACUCUCAUGUGUAAACACCCAGUCAUGGAGGCAGUAGUUGUACUGCACUCUCGUGUGUAAACACCCAGUCAUGGAGGCAGUAGUUGUACUGCACUCUCAUGUGUAAACACCCAGUCAUGGAGGCAGUAGUUCUACUGAACUCUCACGUGUAAACACCCAGUCAUGGAGGCAGUAGUUGCACUGCACUCUCAUGUGUAAACACCCAGUCAUGGAGGCAGUAGUUCUACUGCACUCACAGUAACAGGUUUUAACACAAAACUCUUAAAUCGGACUGCAGUAGAGAUCCAUUUAUUUCGUCAUCCAAAUUUUCAACACCAUGAACGUGCAAUUUGAACAGUUUUACCGCGAUUCCUUGAUUACUUUUGUUCUUUUCUUCCAGUCACUCCAGUAGUCAGCAUCCAACGACACGACGUCCACGAUCGGAAACAUUGUUGUUGUCAGCGGAGGAGAUUUCAGUACCCAUAAAUUAGAAAACGUAAUAAAUUUCAC